UAGCAGAAGCCACAGAUGGCGCUGCGCUGGAGCUGGGGGUUUCUUCGCUUGUGUCCCCUCCUCGUUUUUUGGGGUCUCGCCGCCGCCCAGGAGCCCUUCGAAGCCUUCCAGGCGGGCCACAGCUCCUCUUCCCAGCCCGCCGCUGCUGUGGCGGCGCCUUUCAGACGGUAUCUUUUGUAUGAUGUUAAUCCACCUGAAGGUUUCAACCUACGUAGAGAUGUAUACAUACGAAUUGCAUCUCUUCUGAAGACCUUAUUGAAGACUGAAGCAUGGGUGUUGGUUCUUCCUCCAUGGGGACGUCUUUAUCAUUGGCAAACUCAUAAAAUUCAUCAAGUCCAAAUUCCUUGGUCCAAAUUUUUUGAUGUGCCAAGCCUCAAUGAAAACAUACAUGUUAUUGAGUAUGAACAAUUUGUUGCAGAGUCAGGUGGUCCUUUUAUUGAUGAGAUAUAUGUCCUACAAAACUAUGCUGAAGGAUGGAAAGAGGGGACAUGGGAGGAGAAGAUUGAUGAGAGACCAUGCAUUGACCAACAUAUGUAUUCAACAGACAAAGAUAAAUACUACAGGGGAUGGUUCUGGGGUUAUGAAGAAACUCGAGGCCUUAAAGUGGUUUGUUUAUCUGUCCAAGGUUCUGCUUCUAUUGUAGCCCCUUUGCUUUUGAAUUUAUCCAGCAGGUCAGUGAUGUUAGACAGAGCUGAACAUCUUCUUCAUGAUCAUUAUGGUGGCAAAGACUACUGGAAUACUCGUCGAAGUAUGGUGUUCGCCAAACACCUCCGUGUGGUGGGAGACAUGUUUAGAGCUAAAUAUUUAAAUUCUUCUGAUGAAAAGGACAGAACAUGGUACUCUGAAGAUUGGAGAAAUAUGAAGGUAAAACUGGGCACAGCCAUUGGUGGUCCAUAUCUUGGUGUUCAUCUCAGACGAAAAGACUUCAUCUGGGGUCACAGAAGUGAUGUGCCCAGCAUUCAGGGAGCAGUUAAGAAAAUCCACAACCUCAAAAAGUUGUACAAGCUGGAGAAGGUUUUUGUAGCUACUGAUGCCAUCGUGCAGGAGGUUGAAGAAUUAAAAGCACUUCUUCCGGAGAUGGUGAGAUUUGAACCUACUUGGGAGGAAAUGGAGCUCUACAAAGAUGGAGGAAUAGCAAUUAUUGACCAAUGGAUAUGUGCACAUGCCAGAUAUUUUAUAGGAACCUCAGUCUCAACAUUUUCUUUCCGCAUUCAUGAAGAAAGAGAAAUUCUGGGAUUUGACCCCAAAACAACUUACAACAGAUUUUGUGGAGAUGAUGAGAAAACCUGUGAACAGCCAACUCACUGGAAAAUUGAAUAUUAAUAUAUUCAGUCAGUGGUACUACAGCUGCCACUUUACCAAAGAAAUUAAAUAAUUAUUUUUGUGGAAAGAAAUUGGUUUUAAAUGUUUCCUUUUUUUCACUGUUUUUGGUGAUAAAUGUGAAUGGUGCUGCUGUAGCUUACUUCUUAAACUAUUUACAGUGGUCAGUAUUAUGGUUGUAAUUCAAAAACACCCAAGAUGUUCAAUUUGCCUCUAAUCAAACCUUCAAGUUGGACCAGUUCACUUGAAUCUGUUACUUUGCUUCACCAGAAGAUCCAGCAGAAGUGACUCUUAAAGGCCCUCAAAUGGCAUGGCAGCUUGGCUGGGCUGAACUUUUGGAAAUAAAGAUCUUUAAACACUUUGCAAAACAGCCAGAGUCAGUCAUGGCUUUGAUCAAAGCAAAAAAUAUUUCAAGGAUUCAUACAUUUCUAGUUUUAACUCUUUUAACUCAAAGUCACAUGGAUUUCUCCCAUUUAAAUCUGAUCAGAUAAUAUAUUCUAAUGCAAUUAAAUUGUUUCUUAAAGAUUUUUGCUGGACCUAAUUUUGUUUACAAAAACAAAAUAUGUUAGAUAUAACUAAAUGAAGUGUGUAAGAACUUGCAAUUCCACUUUAUUUGUGAACUGGGAAGAAGGUACAAGGUAUAUGUGGCUAAACAGAGGUUGGAUGUCCUAGUCAAGUAUUAAAUUUAAAUAUUAAA